AUGACGGUCAAAAAGAAAAACAAGACGGAAAAGCUAUAUGGACAGAGCUUAGGGUCCAAUGGUAUUGCACUGUGGGCGGGAAGGAACUUCGAUAAGAAGGCGCGAUUGGAACACAAAGAAGUUAAACAGAUAAUGUUUUCCCCCAAGGAGACGUAUAUGCUCUCCUGGGAUGGAACCCCCGCCUCCAUGCGAAAUGAAAAAGCAGUGAAGACCUGGAAUGUUAUGACGGGUGAAAUGUUGCGUCAGUUCCCCACACCUGCAGCUACACCCCGGGGCACAGAAUUUCCUCAUUUUUUAUUUUCUCACGAUGAGAAAUAUUUGGCGAAGAUAGGAGACAAAGAACUGUGUGUUUAUGCAAUGGAUCCAAAAGAUAAUUUUCCUGAUCAAGUCGCUGAUGAAGAUGUAACCCCAGUGAAGCUUCUGCGCGAUGAAAAGGGUCACUUCUCUGCGUUGAAAUAUCCCGUAGAAAAGUUUGAGUGGUCUCCUGGUGAUAACAUUGUUUCUCUAUGGAUAAGGGGCUCAGAUGAUACCCCAGGUGAAAUGUUGCGUCAGUUCCCCACACCUGCAGCUACACCCCGGGGCACAGAAUUUCCUCAUUUUUUAUUUUCUCACGAUGAGAAAUAUUUGGCGAAGAUAGGAGACAAAGAACUGUGUGUUUAUGCAAUGGAUCCAAAAGAUAAUUUUCCUGAUCAAGUCGCUGAUGAAGAUGUAACCCCAGUGAAGCUUCUGCGCGAUGAAAAGGGUCACUUCUCUGCGUUGAAAUAUCCCGUAGAAAAGUUUGAGUGGUCUCCUGGUGAUAACAUUGUUUCUCUAUGGAUAAGGGGCUCAGAUGAUACCCCAGGGUUUCAACACCUCCCUCCCCCCGGGGCGUCUGGCCUUCACUCCCGGAUGAUGACCUGA